UAUGGAAUUUUCAUCAUAACCUUAUUUAGAAAAGCCGAAGAUAACUCGAUUUAGUCAAAUCGGGUUUAUUUUGAAAAUAUUGUAUAUUCUAUUUUGACUGGAAGAAAGAGACAGUUCUGAAAAAUGUCUCCGAAUCUUAUUGCCAAAACAAGCGAUCCUCCAAUAGGUGCUUUGAUUUUGAGCGAAUUAGUUUCUUCUGAAGGAAAGACUAAGAUUCCAGUGACUUGGUCCAAAGACUGGAAAGGAUCAGGAAAUGUCCAGUUGUUUGAUAAAGACGGACACUUAGUUGGUGAAACUAAUAAUGAUGUUGCUCGCUAUUUGGCAAGAACUGUGGAUGCUAAUGUGUAUGGGGGCAAUGAAGCUUUGGAAAGAACAGAAGUAGACCACUGGCUAUCAUUCUCAAUUGGACCUCUGCGAGGUACUCAAUCUCUGAACGAGUCACUUGAAUAUUUGGAUCGUAUGUUGUUGCCGAAGACAUGGUUGGUAGCAAAGCGAAUGACAAUUGCUGACAUUUGCGUAUUCUCGAGUCUAUCCGAGGAUGAAGGAUUACUUUCUGACGGGAAACAUCCCAACAUCGCGAGAUGGUACAAGCAGAUUCAGGCUCUUCCUGCUGCAAAGUCAGCUUUAGAGUCUGUCGCAAAGAACAGAACAGUCCCUGUUGCCAAAACAAACAAGCCGAGAGGAAAACCAGCUGAAAAAGAUACUAAAGGAGCGCAGGGUACUAACACGAGGAAACAAGAGGGUAAAUUUAUAGAACUACCUGGUGCCGAAAUGGGAAAGGUUGUAGUGCGUUUUCCGCCUGAAGCAAGUGGAUUUUUGCAUAUUGGUCACGCAAAGGCUGCGCUUUUGAAUCAGUAUUACGCUGAAGCUUUUAAAGGCCAGUUGAUUAUGCGAUUCGAUGACACGAAUCCUGCUAAGGAGAACGUCGAGUUCGAAAAAGCCAUUCUCGAGGAUUUGGAAAUGCUGCAGAUAAAACCGGACCGUUUCACCCAUUCUUCUGAUUAUUUUGAUCUGAUGCUGAGGUAUUGUGAUCAGUUACUUAAAGAAGGCAAAGCCUACGUGGAUGAUACUCCAGCUCAGGAUAUGAAAGAUCAACGUGACCAAAGAUUACCAUCGGUUAAUAGGAAUAACCCCGUUGAUAAGAAUCUGAAGAUGUGGGUAGAAAUGAAGAAAGGAACUCCGAAAGGUCAAGAGUGCUGUGUAAGAGCAAAAAUCGAUUAUCAAUCGGCAAAUGGUUGUAUGCGAGAUCCGACAAUCUACAGGUGCAAACCAGAGCCACAUCCUCGAACGGGAACAAAAUACAAGGUGUAUCCAACCUACGACUUUGCCUGUCCAAUUGUGGAUGCAGUUGAGAAAGUAACACAUACUCUGCGCACAACCGAAUACCAUGACAGAGAUGUGCAAUUCUAUUGGUUUAUAGAAGCCCUGGGUCUAAACCGUCCCUACAUCUGGGAAUAUUCUCGUCUAAAUAUGACAAACACGGUCCUUUCGAAACGAAGAUUGACUUGGUUUGUGGCAGAAGGUUUGGUAGAUGGCUGGGAUGAUCCUCGCUUCCCAACCGUUCGAGGAAUUUUGCGAAGAGGAAUGACAGUCGAAGGUCUUAAACAGUUCAUCAUUGCACAAGGAAGCUCGAGAUCUGUCGUCUUUAUGGAGUGGGACAAGAUCUGGUCUUUUAACAAAAAAGUUAUCGAUCCAGUCGCUGUCAGAUACACUGCUUUGAACUCGGAUGAACUCGUACCAGUUAAUGUCCAAGGAGCUAAGAAUGAUUGGAUCACCGUCCAGAAUCAUCCAAAGGAUCCAUCGAUAGGUACUAAAAAAGUUCGAAUCAGUCCGAACAUCCUUAUAGAAAAAGUAGAUGCUGAGGCUUUAGUCGAGGGGCAAAAUGCCACUUUUAUAAACUGGGGAAAUCUCUUAAUAAAAACAGUGAAGAAGGAAAUGGGAUCAAUUGUUAGCGUCGAGGCUUCGCUGAACUUGGAGAAUAAAGAUUUCAAGAAUACUGUGAAAUUAACGUGGCUCUCUGCACCAGAAAGUGAGACUAAAGAUUCAGCAGAAACGAAAUUGGUGCCUUGUUAUGCUGUCUACUUUGAUCACAUCAUCAGUAAACCUGUUCUCGGCAAGGAUGAGGAUUUUAAGAGUUAUGUCGCGAAGGAAACAAGGAAAGAAGUACAGGUUGUGGGAGAAACUGAGUUGAAGAGAGUUAAGCAAGGAGAAAUAAUUCAACUUCAGAGGAAAGGUUUCUUCCGUUGCGAUGUGCCUUAUGCUCCAGCAAACAAUUACUCAUCUCGAGAACAACCCCUAAUUCUGUUUCAUAUUCCUGAUGGACAUACAACUUCUCCUAUUGCUCAAUCAGCAAGCAGCGUGGCGGAAAAAAAUAUUCAGCCAUCGAAACAAAAGAAUGACGAUGCUAUUGAAAAGCAGAAUGAAAAGAUUGUUAACCAGGGAAAUAAGGUACGAGAUUUGAAAAAUGCGAAAGCUGAUAAAGCGACGAUUGACGCUGCAUUUAAAACACUCCUAAAUCUGAAAGCCGAAUACAAAUCGCUUGCGGGUGUCGAUUGGAAACCUGGUGCACCUAUAAAAUCCGAAGCUUCGACUCCAGCUCCUAAAAUGUGGAACACGAACGUCAAUGAUUUGCUUGCUCAAAUACAGGAUCAAGAGAAUAAAAUAGACGAAGAAGCAAAGAAACUUUCGAUUUUAAAAGCCGAUUACAAAAAGGCAACUGGUCAAGAUUGGAAGUCUGGUGCGACGCUUCCGGUUAACGAAGUUGAAGCUGCAAGUAAUCCUGGUGAGAGUCUUUCAAAUGAUAUAGCAAAACAAGGAGACAAAGUGAGAAUACUCAAGUGCCAGAAAGCUGAGAAGGCGACGAUUGAUCCUGCAGUUAAAGAACUACUGAGGCUGAAAGCAGAGUACAAAUCAGUAACAGGACAAGAUUGGAAACCGGGUAUGACACCUCCAGUUACAGAAGUUAAAGAAGUUAAAUCUGCGGGUAAUCCUGGUGAGAGUCUUUCAAAUGAGAUAGCAAAACAAGGGGACAAAGUGCGAGUACUGAAGUCACAGAAAGCUGAUAAGGCGACGAUUGAUCUUGCAGUUAAAGAGCUAUUGAGACUGAAAGCAGAGUACAAAUCCGUAACAGGACAAGAUUGGAAACCGGGUGUAACGCCUCCAGUUGAAGAGGUUAAAGCUGCGAGUAAUCUUGGUGAGAAUCUUUCAAAUGAGAUAGCAAAACAAGGGGACAAAGUGAGAAUACUGAAGUCCCAGAAAGCUGAUAAGGCGACGAUUGAUCCUGAAGUUAAAGAGCUACUGAGACUGAAAGCAGAGUACAAAUCCGCAACUGGACAAGAUUGGAAACCGGGUAUGACAACUCCAGUUACAGAAGUUAAAGAAGUUAAAGCUGCGAGUAAUCCUGGUGAAAAUCUGUCAAAUGAGAUAGCAAAACAAGGAGACAAAGUGCGAGUACUGAAGUCCCAGAAAGCUGAUAAGGCGACGAUUGAUCCUGAAGUUAAAGAGCUUUUGAGACUGAAGACAGAGUAUAAAACUGUCACUGGGCAAGAAUGGAAACCUCCAUCAAACACGCCAGUUAGUUCCGUUCCAGCACCAGCCGCUACUUCCGACCCUAAAGUCACUGAAAUAUCGAACAAAAUCGCUCAACAAGGCGACAAAGUGAGAGAGCUUAAAUCUGCAAAAGCCGAGAAGAGUGCAAUUGACCAAGAAGUCAAGGCUCUCCUCACUCUGAAAGAAGAGUACAAAAAAGUUUCAGAGCAGGAAUGGAAACCGCCUACUGCUCCAGCUGAUAAGAAAGGAAAGAAGGGAGAAAAUGCACCAAAGUCUGGAGCUAAAGAUUCCAAAGGUGCUAAACCAAGCGAUAAGGCUUUGAAGAAAUCAGAGAAGGAUAGUAAAGAUGAUACGAAAACUGGUACCAGGUUGGGUCUUGAGGCGAAGAAGGCUGAAAAUCUUCCCGAUUGGUACUCGCAGGUGAUUACGAAGAGUGAGAUGAUUGAGUAUUACAACGUAUCCGGCUGUUAUAUUCUUCGUCCCUGGAGCUUUUCGAUUUGGGAGGUGAUUAGAGAUUUUAUCGAUCGGGAAAUCAAGAAACUGGGUGUCGAGAAUUGCUACUUCCCUAUUUUCGUGUGCCAAGCGGCUUUGGAAAGGGAGAAGACUCAUAUUGCUGAUUUUGCACCGGAAGUUGCUUGGGUAACCAAAAGUGGAGAUUCCGAGUUGGCUGAGCCGAUUGCAAUCCGUCCAACUUCUGAAACUGUUAUGUAUCCAGCUUAUGCGAAGUGGCUUGCCUCUCAUCGGGAUUUGCCUCUUAAGUUGAAUCAGUGGAACAAUGUUGUGAGAUGGGAGUUUAAGCAUCCUCAACCCUUCCUACGAACAAGGGAAUUCCUUUGGCAAGAAGGUCACACUGUUUUCGCGACCAAAGCGGAAGCCGAUGAGGAAGUUAUGACGAUUUUGAACAUUUAUGCAAGUGUUUACGAAGAUUUGCUUGCCAUUCCUGUAGUUAGAGGUCGAAAAACCGAAAAGGAGAAAUUCGCUGGUGGUGAUUACACAACUACAGUUGAGGCUUUUAUUUCCGCGAGUGGAAGGGCGAUUCAAGGUGCGACGAGUCAUCAUCUCGGACAAAACUUUUCAAAGAUGUUUGAUAUUCAAGUCGAGGGAGCUGAAGAGGGAGGAGAAAAGACGUUUGUCUAUCAGAAUUCCUGGGGUCUGACGACUCGCACAAUUGGUGUCAUGAUAAUGGUUCACGGAGAUGACAAAGGACUCGUUUUGCCUCCGAACGUCGCUUGUAUUCAGGCGGUCGUCGUUCCUUGUGGAAUAACAGCUUCCACGACACAGGAACAAAGACAAAACCUAAUGUCCGAAUGUGAAAAAUUAGAGCAAGAAUUGAAGAAAUCGGGCAAAUUAAGAAUAAAGGGAGACUACAGAGAUAAUUACAGUCCCGGAUGGAAGUUUAAUCACUGGGAGUUAAAAGGCGUUCCUCUGAGAAUAGAGUUGGGACCUAAGGAUUUGGAAAAGAAGCAGGUGACUCUGGUGCGAAGAGAUACGGCCGAAAGAUUGACGAAGUCCAGAGCUGAUGCGUACUCGUCCGUUAGUAAAUUGUUGGAAGAGAUUCAUGCCAGUUUGUUUAAGAAGGCUCAAGAGGAAUUGACGAAUCAUAUUAAGCAGGCACAUGAAUGGGCAGACUUCUGUUCUCAUCUGGAUCGCAAGAAUCUGAUUCUUGCACCAUUCUGUGGAGACAUUUCCUGCGAGGAUAAUAUAAAGGCUGACAGUGUUAGAGAAGACGCUGGGGAUGAACCUGGAGCACCUUCCAUGGGAGCAAAGAGUCUUUGCAUUCCCUUCGAUCAACCAAAGAAUGACUUGACGAAAGCCAAGUGCAUUCACAAAAGUUGCAAGAACAAGCCGAAGUUUUACACUUUAUUUGGUCGUAGUUAUUAAUCGUAGUUUUUGAAAAAACUAGUAAUUUAGUGGUUUCUGUUGCAGUUAUCAUAUUUUGUUAGACGUGUCUGAUUAUUUUUUAAUGUACAAAAAAUGUUCGAUUAAAGGAUUUAAUAAUAU